CACUUUAACACUUUUCUGUGGUUGUUAGGAGCACUUUGGUCAAAGAACCGGAGAGUAUGUUGGCUCACAUGUUCAGAGACAAGGAUGUUUGGGGAAACAAACAGGACGAGCAAGGGGCGUAUCUCAUUGAUCGGAGUCCAGAUUACUUUGAGCCCAUAUUAAAUUACCUGAGACACGGACAGCUCAUUAUCAAUGACGGCAUCAAUCUGCUGGGCGUGCUUGAAGAAGCUCGUUUCUUUGGAAUCGAACGUCUUGCUGAGCAGCUUGAAGGUGUUGUUAAGAAUUCUCAGCCUCCCGAUGAUCACUCGCCCAUCUCCCGCAAAGAGUUUGUGCGUUUUCUGCUUGCCACUCCAACUAAAUCAGAGCUUAGAUGUCAGGGCCUGAAUUUCAGUGGGGCAGAUCUUUCUCGUCUUGACCUGCGUUACAUCAACUUCAAGAUGGCCAACCUCAGCCGCUGUAACCUCACACACGCCAACCUCUGU